CACCAUUAGUCUCAAUUUGCAGCCAAGUGACUUCAUAAAGUUGAGUGCCUUUUGCAACUAGUGCCCACUAAACCCUUAACCAAGUUGGAUACGAAAGCUUGAGUUAAUGGUAUGUAGCAGAUAAGUACAGCAGAGCCUCUGUAUUUGCUUGAUUUCAGCAUGGUCUAAUGUGGCCGGAGAAUUUAACUUAUCCUCUUAACGUAUAUGGUUAGGUAUAACCACAUACCCAAAAUGCAGAGGUUAUAUGAGUAGUUAAUUGGUAACAAAAAAGCUUUUUGAACCGCCCAGAUUAACUAAUUGAUCACUCACUGGCUGAUCAUCAAGCCGCCAUACAUGUGCGCAUAUAGAUAUAGAUUAGAACACACCCAUCUGCCUAUAAAUAGGGCUCAAUGGGGUCAAGCUAAAAGCAUAUUGAAGUUGCAAUUGAUAAGAGUGACAAACUUACCUACAUAUCUAGCCUAGAUAGACAGAUAUACCAGUAAUGGAGAAGAGUUCAGCACUGUUGUUGGGCCGAUCUGGUUCACUUUUUCAGUUUGUCACCAUUUUACUGUUGAUGCUUUGUGUGGUUGAUGUUAAAUCCCAGCUAAGUGUUGAUUUCUAUGCAUCGACGUGCCCGAAGUUGGCCCAAAUCGUGCGCAAGGAAGUGGUGAAUGCAGUCAAGGCUGAGAUGCGGAUGGCUGCCUCAUUGUUGCGCCUGCAUUUCCAUGAUUGCUUUGUCAAUGGAUGCGAUGGAUCUUUGCUGCUGGAUGGGACUGAUGGUGAGAAGUUUGCCAGGCCUAACUUGAACUCAGCUAGAGGAUUUGAAGUAGUGGACUCCAUCAAAAGGGCAGUGGAAAGCCAGUGCAGUGGAGUUGUAUCCUGUGCUGAUAUUCUUGCUUUAGCUGCCCGCGAUUCGACCCUCUUGAGUGGUGGGCCGUCGUGGAAAGUCCCGCUUGGGAGAAGAGAUGGGCUGGUGGCUAAUCAGACCGGAGCCGGUGAUCUUCCAGGCCCAUUCGAUAACCUCACCUUGAUCAUCACCAAAUUUGCUGCAGUUGGCCUUGAUAGUCUCGUUGACGUCGUCUCCUUGUCAGGUAGUCACACGAUCGGACAAGCAUCAUGUGCGACGUUCAGCAACAGGCUGACGAACUUCUCCGGCACUGGAGCUCCGGACCCAACGUUGGAGUCCACUAUGCUGUCCGACCUCCAAAGCUUGUGCCCGGCGAAUGUCAACGGCAACCCGACCACCGCUUUGGACAGGGGAUCGACGGACUUGUUCGACACUCAUUACUUCCAGAACCUGGUCAACAACAAAGGGCUUCUCAGCUCCGACCAGAUCCUGUUCACCGGCAGCGAGGCUGCCACCGCCGCGGCGAGGAGCCUCGUCCAGAUUUACAGCGUCAACCCGGGGAGAUUCUUCUUUGACUUUGCUAAUUCCAUGGUCAGGAUGGGGAAUAUUGGGCCUCUUACCGGGUCUAAUGGGGAGAUUAGGAGGAACUGUAGGGUGAUUAAUUCGUAACUGGUUAGUGGGUUAUUGGAGUUAAUGACGUUUUAGUGGUAAAAUGGUCUAGUUGACUAGUUGGAUUAGCAUUGCUUAUGAUUUGAGCUUUUAAGGUUAUGGUGGUCUGUGUUGUUGAUGAUGUUUGUAAUGUAAGUUUGGAGUUGUAAGAAGUUAUGUAGCGUAAAACUCGUUGUAUGAACUAUCUUAUUAUGAACCUGGUCAACAACAAGAGGCCCAUACAUAAGCCCACUACUCCACGGAACAGUCUCAAUAAUUCUGAAUGGGCCCAAAGUCUAAACCUUGUGGAGCAAUCCGGGCCCAAAUUAUUAGUUAACACAAAAAAAAGAUAAAACCGCUAAUUUUGACGCACAAAAUCCUAAAUAAUUCUUGAAGUUUUAUUUAUAGUUUAACGCGCAAAAUCGUAAAUCCUUCUUUCCAUUUCCCAAUUCCCUGAUUCUUUUUGUAAUUAGUAAAGGAAAUAUCUAUUUACCAUACUCUUUUCCUUAAUGUAAUCUUACUUACCAUUUUCCAAUGAAAAUACUUAGCUUAUUUACCACCGGUUAAAAAGUAAAAACUUUGGUGUUAAAUUGUUAAUAGUACUCGACAUAAAAAUGCCUAUAAAGAGAAACCGCCGGGAAAUAAUGGUCAUCUUUGAAGUAAAUUAAAUGUCCCUUUUUUAUACUACUCAUCAAUCUAUUCCGUUAAAUUUUGACCAUUCUAAUUUUUUUUCUUGUUCUCUGUUGCCAGCCCAACCAAAAUUCAUUACAAAUUAAAGAACUCAAAAUAAUUUACAUUGAAAAAAAAACUAAACAUAUAUAUUGUGUAAUGAACAUAUGGAAAUUAA